AAGGAAGAGCCCCCUUCCUCCGAGGUUUGUGAGUGUGAGAGUGAGAGAGUGCUGCCGCCAGCUUUUGCUUCAGCGCUGCUGCUGCAGAUUGUUUCGCACCAUUCUACAUCAUCAUCGUCGCAGAAGGGCACUCGUUCCCUUUACUUGGCUUCUCGUCAUGGCGACCAUCCCCGUGAAUCCGAAACCCUUUUUGAACGACUUGACAGGGAAGCCGGUGAUCGUGAAACUGAAGUGGGGGAUGGAAUACAAAGGUUAUUUGGUGUCGGUCGACUCAUAUAUGAAUCUCCAACUCGCAAGCACGGAAGAGUUUGUGGAUGGGGCAUUCACGGGCAACUUGGGAGAAGUCCUCAUCAGAUGCAACAAUGUCAUGUAUCUGAGAGGUGUUCCUGAGGACGAAGAUGCUGCUGAAGACGAUGAUUGAUAAUUCUUGAUGAGGCACUGUUUUAGGGCCUGUUCUGCUCCGAAGCUCAAGAUGAAGCUGUCCAUUUAGUUACUCGUUGUAAUGAGUUAAGCGUAGCUUGUGCUAGUGAGCAUGAACCACCGGCGAGCAUUAAUGGAAUCAUUGUUGCAAAGGACUUGGUGAGCGUUAUGUGCUCUGUCUUUUAUCAAACGUGUCAGUGGUUCUGGAUUUUUCGCGGUCUCAGGUGCGACAGUCCUUUCGGUCCUUUUGGUAGCAUGGUAGAAGUGUGAGGAUUAGUAUGGAUAUCCACCUCGACAAAAUGGUCCAUAAUUUUGUGAUGCAUUGCGUAUUUUACUGAAGGGCCUCAGUUGAAUCUUACAAAUAUGCUCUUGUUCAUUUUUUUGGAUUUUUAAGAAAGUUUCUUUUACUGCCA